AUGACGUCUAUUCUAAUAAUAUUUGACCAUUAUUUGAUUUAGUAUUGAUGUUAAAUUAAAGAUAAAAUUUGUUAUGUGUUAAUGACUUGUGAACUCGUGUUGUGUAGUUUUUGAUUAGGUUAAUCAGUCAGAAUUACAUUUCUUGCCUGUGAGGCCCUGGGAUGUUCUUGUUAUCAUUGAGUUUCACUUCUUAUCUAAAACACAAACUAAAAUGUUAAGAAAAAGUCUAAAUUUAGUACCAAAACGUCAUGAGGUCCAACAAUAUGCAUAUUCCAGUAAGCUAGACGUCAUUCGAGAGAAGUUGAGAGAAGGACCUGGCUUAGGAGAUUUCAUAUCUGAGGAUAGGCCUAAGAACUGGGAUGAAUAUGAAGGAAAAUUGAAAAGAGAGAGGGGAGAGUCUGAGAGAUUACGACUGCCACCUUGGUUAAAGACUUCAAUACCCACAGGUUCUAAAUUCAGUGCUCUUAAGGAACAAUUACGAAGCCUUAAACUGAGUACAGUCUGUGAAGAAGCCAGGUGUCCUAACAUUGGAGAAUGCUGGAGUGGUGGGAAGCAUGGCACAUCUACGGCAACUAUUAUGCUUAUGGGCGACACCUGCACACGUGGCUGUAUGUUUUGCUCAGUGAAAACAUCUAGAGCCCCACCUCCCUUGGACCCAGAUGAACCAAGAAAUACUGCUAAAGCAAUAUAUGAGUGGGGCCUUGGCUACAUUGUGCUUACUUCUGUUGACAGAGAUGAUUUGCCUGAUGGAGGUUCAUCCCAUAUAGCUGAAACCGUUAGAGAAAUUAAGAAACAAAACCAAGAAAUCCUUGUAGAAUGCCUCGUACCCGAUUUUCGUGGUAACCGCGACAGUAUAGGAACUAUAGCAAAUUGUGGUUUGGACGUGUUUGCUCAUAACAUUGAGACAGUGGAACGACUCACUCCAUUUGUGAGAGACAAACGAGCUGGAUAUAGGCAGACGCUCAAAGUCUUAGAGACGGCAAAGGAGAUAAACCCAGAUCUGAUAACGAAAUCCUCCAUCAUGCUGGGCCUCGGCGAAACUGACCAACAAGUGGAACAAACGAUGAAAGAUCUCAGGGCCGUAGGAGUAGAUUGUGUUACACUCGGCCAAUACAUGCAACCAACGAAACGUCACCUCAAAGUGCACGAAUACGUCACACCAGCCAAAUUCAAGGAAUGGGAGGAGCUUGGCAACAAACUGGGCUUCCUGUACACAGCCAGCGGACCACUAGUUAGGUCCUCGUAUAGAGCUGGAGAGUUCUUUAUCUCCAGCCUCCUAAGGGAUAGAAAAGUGAAGAGUAAUUGACUGGAGUAUUCGAUCCAUAGAUUGCAAAUAAAA